UCAAGAAGAAGAUGUCAUGGAUUCCAUUAUCARAACCAAUCAAAAUGCUGGUAAUAAUUUCUACGAAGGAGACAUUAUUUUAACCUCACAAGGCGAAAGAGAUCAGUCUGACAUAGGAGAUGAAGACGAUUCCCAGUAUUCGAAGCGAAAUGCUCGACGGAGUAGAGUUUAUCUUUGGAAAUCUAAGGUCAUCCCAUACGAGAUAUUAAUUCCCGAUGAAGAUGGAAGCUACAAAAGAGUUAUUCAAGAUGCCAUCGCUGAGUUCCACAAGCACACGUGUCUUCGUUUUGUACAGCGAACUAAUGAAGACAAAUGGAUCAAGUUUGUUCAAAAAUCUGGGUGUUCAUCGUCAGUUGGYAUGCAGUUCUACUCAAAAGGCGGCCAAGAARUAUCUCUUGGGAAAGGCUGUGAACAAAAGGGAGUCGUUAUGCACGAAUUGCUCCAUGCUUUAGGAUUUUGGCACGAACAAUCCAGACCUGACCGGAACCAAUACGUUGAAGUGUUUUGGGAAAAUAUCAAGAAAGCUGAACAACAUAACUUCCAAAAAUACACUCAUGGUGCCAUUGACACACUGAAAAAGCCAUACGACUACAAGAGUAUCAUGCACUACAGCAGACAUAGCUUUUCCAAAAAUGGCAAACCAACCAUACUUGGCCUAGGGGCGAACAAACAUACCAUUCUUGGACAGAGAGAUGGCUUUAGCAAGACGGAUAUCUUUGAGAUUAAUGCUCUGUAUGAUUGCUCAGGACCGUCUAACGGAUGGAGUUCGUGGAGUGAUUUUGGCCCGUGCGAAUACAAUUGUAAAAAAACACGUGAAAGAUUCUGUGCUACUGCUGAUAGGUCUGCUUGUCCUGGAGCUGAUAGCUGGGGAUUACAAARGGAAAAUAAAAAAUGUUCUGACGCUGAAUGCUACGCUCCAGUAGACGGUCACUGGGGAAAGUGGUCGGAUUGGWCUCAAUGCAGCGUGACAUGUGACAGUGGUACUCACACUAGAACAAGAAUGUGUGACGAUCCUUCACCUAAAAAUAACGGCAAACAGUGUGUAGGCAACAGCAAAGAGACAGGAGCUUGUCACGCUAAAGCGUGUAGAUUAGGUCCCGAUGAUUGUGAGUUCGAGUUCGGUAUGUGCUCAUGGUUUCAAGUURAUAAGAAAAAUGGCUACAAAUGGAAACGUACUACUGGAAAAACACCAAGCUCAACCACCGGACCAAAUGGAGACGCAUCAGUCAACCAAAAUGGGCAGGGUCAUUACGUUUUUGCGGAAUCGUCAUCGCCCGCUAGAACUGGCAACGUWGCCAAGCUUCGAAGCAAGGUCUUYCCCGCAGCUCCMMRMGGUCGCUGUAUCAAGUUUGCCUACAGUAUGUACGGUAGUGGUAUCGGUGCUUUAAAUGUGUAUGUCAUCGACUCAAAAACUGGAAAGAAAACAAAGUUAUUUUCAAAGUCUGGUGAUCAAGGUCCAGGAUGGCAUAGAACUAAUGCAUCUAUUGCCACUAACGAUGAUUACAGGAUAUCAUUUGAAGUCACACGUGGUAACAGUUUUCUCGGUGACAUUGCAUUGGAUGAUAUCACGUUUAAAAAUGGUGGAUGUUAUGUGACUCCGCCAACAAUACCUCCAACGACUUCAGCCCCAGCGACUUCAGCUCCAACGACUUCAGCUCCAAUGACUUCAGCUCCAACGACUUCAGCUAGUGGAGACGACUUCAAAAGCUUGGGAUGUUUCAACGAUAAACAAGUACAAAAUGCACGUCCUUUUCCUAAAAUUAUAGCUAAUUUGAGAGACGAUGGAAGCUUGGAUUGGAAAGAUCUUAAAACGUCAGUUGUGGACAGAUGUGCUAGAAUUGCAAGGAAUCUUGGAUAUAAAUACUUCGGGAUUCAGUAUUACGGUGAAUGCUGGAGUGGACCGGAUUCACAAGUACAUUAUGACAGAGAUGGUUCUUCCAAACAGUGUUGGGGCGGAGUUGGUAAAGGAAAUGCAUUCAUGGUCUACAAGUUCACUUGACUGUUUUGAUUGCGAAUGGUCCGCAGUUAAGGUUUCGAUGUAGACAAAAAUCAAUACRUUUUAGGACGUGCUCAAACAGUAAAAUGAGAAAUAUAUAAAAGCAGAAAAUAAAAAGAAUUAUACAAAGUCGUCUUUGCACWUCGCUUGCCGUCAUCAAAGUAGCAGAACAGUAUCCACGUAGUGACGAUUAGCUGAGAUUGAGCCUCCUCCAUAGGGUUCUCUUUUCAGUUCUAAAAAAAAUCAAUGGGCUUUCUGUG